CCUCUGUAACCUCUGUGAUCCGUGGUUCCGUCAAGCAAUGACAGAUAACAAGCAGUGUGUUGUUUACAUUGCACCCUGAAGAUUCAAAACUAUCACAAGAAUUCCCAAACUUGCAGUUAUUCUAUCUGAGUUUGCUUUACAAGAAUGACUGAUGCCAGUCUACAAGAGGAUGCAACCCACGUCUAUAUCGUAGAAUGCAACUUGGACACGGAAGACGACUGCAGUGUGGAGGAUGAGGAGGAGAGCUGCGCUGGGCAGCAAAACAGUCCCGAGGGAGCACGCACUAGUGCCCCGGCAUCAUUAGUGGGCUUGCACUCACUAAUGAUGCCCGAAGUGACCCUUACAGUUCCACGAGCGCCCACGAAACGGUUUUACCAAUGCGACGUGGAGGGCUGCGGUAAAACGUACACGAAAAGUUCGCAUGUGAAGGCCCACAAAAGGACCCACACAGGCGAAAAACCCUACAUUUGUACCUGGGAAAGCUGUGAAUGGCGAUUCAACCGGUCCGACGAACUCAAGCGACAUUACAGAAAACACACGGGGGCUCGCCCCUAUUCGUGCGCGGUAUGUGAAAAGACAUUUAUCAGGGCUGAUCAUUUGAAUAUUCACGUGAAGCGACAUUCCUGACUAGUUGAUUGCUUAGGCGAUUAAGGACUUAACUAGGAAAAACCAAAGCUGUUACUACUGACGCUUUUGUAAUGUAAAUAUGAGUCAGGGAGGUUGUUAAGUUUUAAAAUAGUGGUUAGGCGGCAAGACUCUACACCUAAGACUAAGACUUGUGUUAUUAAUUUUUUUAAAAGUACGCGAAACUAUAAACCUGAAGUGGGUGUAGGGUUUUGGUUUAGCAAACUAAGUGCUGUGGAUUGUUUGGGCAUUUUUCAGAUAAACGUGUAUUAAAA